CCCUGGCAACCGGCCGGAAGCGCGGCGGGGCGCGGAGCUUCCCGCGCGGUGCUGCGGCCUGCAGUAAUGUCGUCAAUCGUCCGAAUAAGACCAAAGGCUAUGAUACAGAAGAGCAAGACAUCUUCUCCUUUGCCUUGUUCUCCAGAACCGGCAGCUAAACUGCGACCAAAACCUAGUGACAAACUGAAUCCCAAAACUAUUGAUCCGUUUGGUGAUCGCACUAGAGCACCUUCAGCCUUUGCUGCUAUUUAUGCUAAAGGUGGCAUUCCAUGCAGGUUAAUGCAUGGCGCAGUAAAGCACAGACUACAAUGGGAAAGUCUUCCUGAAACUCUACCUUUUGAUCCUCUUCUUAUAACUUUAGCAGAGGGCCUAAGAGAGACGAGACAUCCCUACACAUUUGUUUCCAAGGAAGGUUUUAAAGAAUUGCUUUUGGUUGAAGAUGCUGCUGAAAAAGCAGUUCCCUUGUUGCCUCGUCUGGUUCCAGUAUUAAAGGCUGCAUUGGGCCAUUCGGAUGAUGAAGUAUUUGAAAGAGGAUUGGAUGCUUUAGUUCAGCUGAGUGCUGUUGUUGGCUCUUCUCUUAAUGAUCACCUUAAGCUUCUACUCACAAAUCUUUCAAGAAGAUUAAUGGACAAGAAAUUUAAAGAAAAAAUCACUGUUGCUUUACAAAAGUUGGAGCAAUAUGGUGGACAGGCAACUGUUGCUAUCAUCAAAUCAAAAAUUCCCACCUAUUGUUCUGUCUGCUCUUGAACAAGAAAUCCAUAGUGACUUGCACUGCAUGGUGUUGCUUGGGGCGAAGCUGCCUGUGAUCAUCACCCACUGGUACUUGGGUAUCAUAUUUUGCUACACUAACCAUAGCUCUUCUGCAGUGUGAUGGAGAGUGGGAAAAGCCAUACCAGUUUGUAAAAAAGUAAUUAUGGAAGACCAUUUAAAAGAAAUACAUCUGUAUUGGCUGAUACAUGUUUGUGCACUUCUGUGCUUACAAUUACAUUAACUGAUUAGCUAUUUUUUUCAAAAGUAUAGUCAGUAUUGACUGUAUUGACUUGUAUUUUGUUGUAAAUUUAAAUUCCCUUUAAUAGUUCAGCAGUGUUUGAAAUGUUUCCUGCUUGUGUGAUGUAAAAUAAUUUGACUAAUUACUUAAAUAGUAGCAAACUUAAGUUAAAUGUGUAUAUUAUAUUUGAAAUACCUGUUAUUUGUGCCACAGACCUAGAUGACCCCAGUUUGGAUUCAUCGGGAUAGACGUACAUCUGUGAGAACUCAGCCUGACUUGCCGAGUCAGGCUGGACAGAUGUGAAGCUCAAGGUACAACAAGGUAGCAAGACCUGGGCCUGCCUGGUGCAGCAGGGUUCUCAGCACACCGUUCCUAGAGCCAGGGAGACUCUGCAGGGCACGGUAGAAAGGCAUCAGUGCAUCAGGUUGCUCCACGUAGCUGCAGCCUAGGUUUUCACUCACCAAUUUGAGUGAGCUGAAUAUAAGCAGAGGGAACUGGGAAUUUUACACUGUAUUCCCCUGCAUAUGGUUUUGUAAUGCUACAGAUAUGCUUGGGAUGAGCUUCCAAAGUUAGUCUUGGAAAAGCUAGUAAGCUUGGCAACAUGGAAGCUGUGGAGAAGCUUGUGCUAAAGACAAUAAAAGGACUGCAGGAGCCAACUUACCUGUUGGCAAGCCCAGUAGGCUGUGGCAUUUGUCUGGGAUCAUACUGGAGCUUGACUGCAAAAUGCUUCCCAAAAGGCCUCAUAGUUAAUAGGAGGGCAGGUUGUUCUGGUUUAUCCCAGGAGGGAGAGCUGACUAAAGCAAGUAACAGAAUUUGCUGUUGCAUCUCUUCCCUGUUCCCUGAGGAAAAUUAAAUGCCUUUGUCACGUAAAAGCAUAUAUUUAGUAGAAUGUCUGAAGAAUUACUGCUGGGUGGUUACUGAACUGUACUAAGAUUAGUUAAGAUGUACGUAUUUAAG